AUGGGGCUGGGCUCCGACGGAAUGUUCAGUUUGGUGCCAGGUCUGCAUUCGCAUCACAAAUCGGCACAAAAAGACCGACCGAUCUUGAUGACUCGUGGGUUUUAUAUUCUCUCUUUACCGUCGCAUGCUUAUUCGGAAAAUAGCUUUCUGGGUCUGAACGGAGGCGAGGUAUUCAAACGCAUGAUGAUUAAACAUGAUGUGAAACAAAUCUUCGGUUACCCUGGCGGCGCAAUCCUCCCUGUAUUUGACGCGAUUCACGAGUGCAAAGAAUUCAAUUUCACCUUGCCCCGGCAUGAGCAAGGUGCAGGGCACAUGGCUCAAGGGUAUGCGCGAGUUUCUGGAAAACCGGGAGUCGUUUUGGUGACAUCUGGACCUGGUGCUACGAAUCUGAUCACACCGAUGAUGGAUGCUUUGGCAGAUGGAACCCCUAUGGUUGUGUUUUGCGGACAAGUCGCCACGAGUUCUAUUGGGCUUGAUGGCUUUCAGGAAGCGGAUGUUCUCGGGAUGUCAAUGCCAUGUACGAAAUGGAAUGUUGCUGUGAGAGACAUCGCUGAACUGCCUCGUCGCAUCAAUCAAGCGUUUGAGAUAGCAGCUAGCGGUCGUCCAGGACCUGUGCUGGUCGAGCUUCCAAUAGACAUCACUGCGGGUAUCUUGCGACAACAGAUUCCGCGAUCAGAUAUUGUCCGACAAGCUUUGGACGGAAACCACGCAAGCCACAAAGAGUCAAUAUCCACCAUCAAACGAGCGGCUGACUUGAUCAAUAUUUCAAAGCGGCCAGUAUUAUACGUUGGACAAGGAAUCCUGGCUGGUCCAAGGGGACCAAACCUUUUGAGAGAGCUUGCCGAAAGGUCAGACAUUCCGGUAGCAACUAGUCUUCAAGGUCUCGGCGCAUUUGACGAGGAAGAUCCUAAAGCCUUGCAUAUGCUAGGAUUGCAUGGGUCUGGAUAUGCCAACAAGGCCAUUCAAGAAGCCGACUUGAUCAUCGCUUUGGGAGCUCGCUUCGAUGACCGUGUGACUGGCCACAUUCCUAAGUUUGCACCGAAAGCCAAGCGGGCUGCCGAAAAAAAAUGUGGCGGAAUUAUUCACUUUGAUAUCAGUCCCAAAAACAUCAAUAAGGUUGUGGAAGCAACGGAAGCCGUGGUGGGGGAUUGUGCAGACAACCUUGAACUGAUGAUGCCUUUGAUUGAAGAGACAAACCGCCCGGAAUGGGCUGACCAGAUCGCCCAGUGGAAGACUUUUUACGCAUUUUCGAAAUAUCCGAAAGGUAAGCCUGGCGGCUUAGUCCAGCCGCAAGCUUUUAUCGAACGCCUGAGCCAGUUCGUUAGUCCGGUGAAAGACCGUACUAUCAUCACAACUGGGGUGGGCCAACAUCAAAUGUGGACUGCACAGCAUUUCCGAUGGCAACAUCCACGAACAAUGAUUACCUCAGGGGGACUUGGAACGAUGGGCUAUGGGCUUCCAGCCGCCAUUGGUGCCAAGUUAGCGCGGCCAGAUGCGCUCGUAAUCGAUAUCGAUGGUGACGCCUCAUUUAACAUGACCCUGAAUGAGCUGUUGACAGCAAGUCAAUUUGAUAUCGGUGUGAAAACAAUCGUGCUCAAUAAUGAGGAGCAGGGUAUGGUGACACACCUUCAGUCUGUUUAUUUCAACGACCGCUUUUGUCACAGUCAUCACCGCAACCCAGACUUUGUCGAGGCAGCUCGAGCUAUGGGUGUGCAGGCCGAGCGCUGUUCCAACACGACCGAGGUAGACGAAAAGUUAAAGUGGUUGUUGGAAAGCUCUGGACCGGCACUUUUGGAGGUGAUGAUCACUCAAAAGUCUCUGUCUCUUCCCAUGGUUCCCGCCGGUCGUGCGCUUGAUGAGUUUAUGUUCUACGAGCAAGAAAGCUCAUCAAAUCUAUAG